CCGCUCCCACUCACUCACCAUGUCGAACAACCGCUCUCCCACCGAAACGACGACCGCCUCCAAGCCGAUCCCCAUCUCGUCCUCUGCUUUGCCCCGCGCUCGCCCCCGAUCCUUCUCUGUCUCCUCCACCGAUUCGUCGGCCUCUGGAGGGUCUCCGACAGAGAUAGCGACCCCUUUGUCCACAUCUCUGGCCAACCCCAAGAUCGUAGCUCAAUCCCCCGCCACCUCGACUUCUCCCAUCUUGUCGUACUUCCUGGCGCAAUCGCCCACCAAGGCCCCUGGCACGUUCCCCUUCCGCAAGUUUGGCCCGCCGCCGGUUUUCGAAGAGGAUGAGACUGACAUCAAAGAGCUGGCUGCGACGAAACACGCCCGACGGGCAAGCACGGCAAUUACCGAACGCUUCAGCCAGAAUACCUCGACCGUCGUCCCUGACGCUCAGCAAGAGCGUGGGCAGGGUCUUCUCCGUCGUCUGUCCUUGACCAUGAACCGUUCGCCCCCGAUCGCCCCACCCAACUCAGCUGUGAGCCCGACGCAGGCCAGUCAACCAUUUGGUAGACAUGGUCGUUCUGCUACGCUCUCCUCGCCGGAGCGCCCACGCCGUGCCCCGUCUCCGAUGGGGGAGCGUAUCCUCAAGGGUCACUUCGACGGCUUCAACUAGGAUGCCACAGUCACCCUGGCAUCCGAGCUCGAGCCUUCGCACACCACCAUCCAUCGAUUCACUCCUUUCGUCUGGUGCAGGAUACCCGCAAGCGUCACCGGAUCGUCAUGACUUGCACGUUUCACCAUCCACUCCUCCACCAGUUUUGCCUUAGUCGCCAUGUAUCAUCACCACACUUUGAAUGCCCAUCACCAAAAGGGCUGAUCCAGCGGAAAUCCAGUGUACGACCAACCCCAGAGUAGUCUAAGUAGACAGUCCGGUCCUUGUCCCAGCUUGUACGACGUUCGUUCUUGUAAUUGUGUACCGCACGUAUGUAGGCCAAACAGAUAAUGAGCUUCUCCUCAGAAUACCGGUCUAACUAGCAAUGCGUCCUGUCUGGAUAACAAUCAUGACAAUGCUUGGCGCCCGAGCUAGAUCGCUGAUCUGGAUGAUCGCAUGCUUUCCCAUCAGGAUUCGCUACACCGAGGUGCAGAGCUAACCAUAGACGAACGAGACCUGAAGUCUCCGCUGACCGAGAAACGUCCGCGGAUUUCGGCCCAGACCCAGGGGGGGAACGCCAUACCCAUCCCUAACGUGAUUGAUGAUGCCCAAGGCCGCGCGAAGCAAGGAAGAAAGGUGGCUGGAGACGGCAUGCACGCAGGUGCGAGCUGCGUGCGCACGGGACGGACUGGGCUUCCUACGAUGGGCGUCCCACGAUGGGCAUCGGCCGUUUGGCGAAGAUGAUCUUGCGUUUGAUGACGGCGAUGGCAUCCCAGGAGCUGGCGGUCCUUGCGGCGUCCGGUCCUCGCGACGUGGUGGAGUCCCGCGGCUCCGCGCCAUCCACCUCCAUCGCAUCCGAGCACGAGUCCGGCUGCCCCCCUCUACCCUCUUCCUCCUCCUCCUCCUCCUCC